CUAAAGCCAAAGAAGCCAGGGCGUCGGUCCUCCUCCUCCCUCCCUCUUAACCACCCUUCUCUCUCCACCAUCCCACGCUGCAAGCUGCCAGGCCGAUGGCACCCUCUGCCAAUACAACAGCUGCGGUGCUGGCAAACUCCUCCCCGACUGUGCCAUCGGAUUCGCAGCCGACGGCCUCACAGGCGGCCGUGCUGCCCCCAUUUACACGGUCACCAGCCCUUCUGACUCUUACCCUAAUCCCACUCCAGGGACCCUCCGCCAUGCCCUUAACCAAGCUCUCACCAACCCACUUGGCGUUUGGGUUCGUUUCUCCAAAGACAUGGAAAUUAAGGUCAGUUAUCAACUUUGGGUCCACUCUAACACCACAAUCGACGGUCAAGGUGUGAGCCUGAGGAUAAUCGGACAGCCGGCGGUUCUCGAGAGGGUUAGGAGCGUUAUUUUGCAUAAUUUUGAGAUUAGCGGGGUGCCUAAGUAUGAUAGUGUUCAUGUUUUUGAUGGGUCGACGAGCAUGGUUUGGAUUGACCAUGUUACGUCUGGGGAGUCGGAGGAGGGGUUGAUAUCGGUUGUUCAAGGCUCCAUUGAUGUGACCAUAUCUAAUUGUCAUUUGAGAAACCACAACUUUAAUAUGUUACUUGGUGCGUCCGAUGGUGAUACUGUUGAUAAAAAUACGAGGGUUACGGUGUACAGAAACUUCUUUGUUUCCUCCAAACAAAGGGUGCCGCAUUGUAGGUGGGGCUAUUGCCAUGUUGUUAACAAUUACUACAAGAAUUGGGGAUUUUAUGCCUUGGGCGGGAGGGUGAAUGCUCAAAUUUAUUGUGAGAGCAACGUCUUCGAACCCCAGACACCCAAGGAGGUGACCCCAUGGUUCAGAGGUUUCAAUGGUGAUAGAACAGCAACUAUCGAAUCCCACGGUGAUCUGUUGCUCAAUGGAGCUAAGUUCACAUGGUUCAACCACACGCCUCUCCACCAUCCUGACUAUGUGAAGGACCUCUACUAUCCUCCAUCGUACCCCACUAACCAUCUUGCAACCAUGCUUCAAAAUUGUGCAGGGGUUCUUGGAUUCAAGCUUAACACUUGCUUUCGUAUGGCAAGAAAAUGGGAAUAAUCUCAUUCUUAUCAUUUUUCUUAUCAGUGUCACAAAAUAAGAAUAGAAUGGUCAUUUGUUCUCGAUGAUACAACGGGUAAAUUGGAAGUUGUAAGCAUUUUUAAAUUUUGGAACUUACGAGA